AUGAAAAGCCUCUCUAAAGUUCUCUUCUUAUCUAGCUAAAUGACUAAUUUCAGCUAAUCUUCCAGGUUAGGUCUGAAAUUCGCCAGCAAGCAAAGCGUUUUUUAAUUUAGAAGCUUUCAUUUCAACAGCAUUUCCAGAUUUAGUAGCAAUUUAGGUGAAAGGGAUCUUAAGAAUUUAACUUAAAUUUUAAAUUAACAUAAGGAGAGAUAAGCUGUAGAGUAAUUGUAUGAAAUAGAAAGCAAAACCAAUACAAUUAGAUUGAAUUUACAGAAUAUAGAUAUUUCUCUAAAAUAAGAGUUUCAUAAAAGAUUGGUUGAUUACUAUUUGAAGCAAAGAGAUCUCUAAACUGAACAAGUUGAAAAGAACAGAUGCAGUGCUCUAGCUCUAUAAGAAUUAACUGAGCUUUAUUACACAUAUGAAGAAUUAGAAUUCAAAAAUGAAAUGAUGAGCACCCUUAAUAAUCUUGUUGAAUUCUUUGAUUAAUUUAAGGACAAUCUCCUAUUUAAAUCGGCUUAAACUGAAUUUGAUAAUUACAUUAUGAUUUACCAAAUUUUUACUUCCCACUAAAAAGAUAGCCAAUCAUUUGAAGUAUUUAAAAGACUUUAGGAGAAUUGCUCAUAGGAAGUAAAGCAAGCAAACUAUGAAAAAUACAUUGAUAGCCAAUGCGAAAGAGUUUCAUUGAGCCAGUUAGCUAGAAACCAUGACUAAGUUUUUGAUCAUUUAGAUAUUCUAUUUAGCGAAACUGAUAAGCUCUUAAUUCCUACAGAAAACUAAAAAUUACUAAAUAAGCUUAACUAAUAUUUCUUAAGGGGUAUUUUACUAAGUACUUAAUUUGAUAGACCUGAAAAAUAAUUGGAAUAUUAAAAUACUUAGAAAAAGUUUGUUGAAAAGUACAACUAUUAGCAAUCUUAAAUUGAAAAGAUCACUCUUUAAAUAAAAGAUAUUUCUGAGAAAAAUCCUAAUUAUUUAAAGAUAAAAGGAGAACAAGUUAUUUAAUUUGUAGAAACUCACAAAUUAGAGUUUUCUAAAAAUAUAUAAGAUGUUUGUCUGUAUCAACUGUUCAAUUAAGUAGUCUCUCUUAACUUAUUUGAGUAUUUCUACAUGCUAGUUAAAUUUGAGGCUAAUUAUAGAGAAGAAAUAGAUGAAUUUCCAAUUCUUCUGAAUGAAUCUCCUAAUGAUUUGGUAGAUGACUUUGAAGAAGUUAUUUUCAUCAAUAUUUAAACAAUAUUAGAAAUUCGUAAAUUGAUUCUUCUUUUUACUAGAGAAGUAGUUGAAAUGCAGAUAAAUGAUCCAUAUCCUAAGCUCGAAAUAUCAAGCUGGUUACCUAAAAUAAAACCUAUUUACCAAUAAAAAAUAAAAGAAUUAUUUAAAAGCAUGAAUGAAUAGUAUAUUUGA